AUGUGGUAUCUCGACACCGACCAGGAAAUUAGCAUCGAAGAGGACCUGCAAUCGCCCUCGACCAAUCUCUUCCGCAAGACCGCCGACAUCGAUCUGCCGGCGAAGCUCGCCGAUGGCAGUAGGAGAGGCGUGUGCCUCUUUGGCACCGUUCCGCCGCGUAGCAUCAUGACCAUGGACAAGGUCCAGCAGUACGCCGAGAAGCUUGCCGGCACCAUCAAGAAGCUGCGGCCCGACGGCGUCAUCGUCUACGAGAUUCAGGAGGAGGAGGGUCGCGACGGCAACGAACGACCCUUCGCCUUCUCCACCACGCACCCGCCUCGCCUCUUCGCCAAGAUGCUCAACGAGUUGGCGCACGUCGAGAGCAUCGUCUACCGCACCGUCGCCUACCACGCCAAGGACAACUUCGACCAGUGGCUCAACGAGACCUGGGACGAGUACAACGCCAAGGCCCUCGUACUCGUCGGCGGCAGCACCUCGAACAUGCAGUACCCGGGUUACAAUGUGACGGAGGCUGCGGAGGUGUUGCGUGAUCAUCCCUACAACUUCGUCGCUGGUGGAAUCGUGCUUCCCGAGCGUCACAGGGACAAGCAAGACGAACACGAAAGGCUAUUCCAGAAGACCGAGUCUGGCAUUUCCUUCUUCACGUCGCAGGUGGUGUACAACGUCGACGUGGCGAUUUGGCUGCUGCGCGAUUAUGACGAGCUCUGCAAGGAGAGAGGAGUCAAGCCCGCGCGCCUCAUCUUCACGUUCGCUCCCUUCGGCAGGGCCGACACGUGCACCUUCCUCAAGUGGCUCGGCGUGGAGAUCCCCCUUGGCACCGAAAAGAGAGUCCUCUCGAGGAAGACGAGAGAGGCUGCCAUCAACGAGUCGGUGGACAUCUGCAAGGAGAACCUGAAGAGGAUCCUGUACGCCAUCGAGUUUUACCACAUCAGCGUCCCCAUUGGCAUCACCGUCGAAACGGUGAGCAAGUACUCGGACGAGUUCAAUGGGUCGCUGAAGCUGUUCAAGGUUCUGCAGCAGGAGAUGGCCUCCUUCUUCUCCAGGAAGCUGCGCUCGUCCUGA